AUGAAAUCGUCUGGUUUGAAUAAAGAACUGGGAACAAAAGCGAGCACUUCCUCCCGGACUUCGAAGGAAGCGAAAAUGAACGAGAACUACUGUCUGCGAAUUGUUGCCCUUCUGUCAACGAUAAUUGCAUUGGUACUUGGCAUUUGUUUAAUUAUUACUGGAAUACAAAAUCAUAAUAAAAGAACCAUGAAAUGUGAUACUUCCACAGAUCCGACUCGCGACUUUAAGAAUCCCGACUUUCUUGAUGAUCUUACUCCGACCGAAAUGGAAAACGUCCGUGAUUACCUUUACCGACAGAAGUCAUUAAAUAUUAAAAAGACUGCAGUUUGGAACUUAAAUGGUACCUAUAUUUAUACAAUGACACUAUUCCAGUACCCGAAAAAAAUGGUUCUGGAUUAUUUAGACGGUAGAAUACGAGCUCCAAAGAGAAAAUCAAAGGUAGUUCUAUAUCGCGGAGACCUCGUACCUCCUCGGGUUGAAGAAUACAUUGUGGGUCCUGUAGACAAUCCGGACUCACAUGAACUUUACAAAAAUCCUAUAUACCGUCAGUACCCAAUUCCAUUUACUUCCCGGCCAUUUAACGAAAUUGAAUACUAUCUUCUGCAUGACUUCGCCAACAAAACGCUUGAGUAUCUCUACCCUGUUCUGAUGGGUAGCUAUGGCAGCUCUUACCACAACUGCACGGGUGAGAACUGCGUCACUGUCUCUGAAGUGACGCCUCCGAAUUUUUCACCAGACUCAAGGACGAUAUGGAUGAUGACAUCACGUAAAGUUGAAGGCUACUAUAUUACCCCACUCGGAUUAGAUUUUCUUGUGGAUCAUAAAUCGAUAAACCCGAAAGAUUGGAGAGUGCAGAUGCUUCUUUACAAUGGACAAAUAUUUAGCAGUCCUAAGGAGUUGUUACAAAAAUACCUCGCAGGAGAGGUAAUCCGAAUUAUCGUCUUAAAACCGGAUUUAAAAAACUUGUAUUCGUCCUUCAAACAAAAUCCCCACUCCACAGCCAUUCCACAAGCCGGCCCACGUUUAAUUGAACCUGCAGGUCGACGAUUCACAGUCAAAAACCAACAGGUCGAAUAUAUGAAUUGGUCGUUUAAAUUUGGAACUGAUGUCGCUAAGGGAGUUCGUCUAACUGACGUUCGCUUCAAAAACGAACGGUUGGCUUUUGAGAUUGUCCAGUCUGAGACCUGCGUCUUUUAUUCUGCUUAUCAUCCAGUCGUUUACACGAGUGUCUAUUUUGAUUCUUCAUGGCUACUCGGAUUAAAUUCAAAACAGCUCACUCGUGGGGUUGACUGCCCAGAUACAGCCGUAUAUUUGGACAGUUAUUUUUUUAUUAGCGACAAACCGAUCCGUGUUAAAAACGCUAUUUGCAUCUUCGAAAAUAACCCAGGCAUUCCUCUGAGGCGACAUUACACAGUUACCCGAUCAGAUGAUACAAUAUACGGUGGAAUCAUUGAUUAUCACUUAGUUUUCAGGAGUAUCGCCGUCAUUUGGAACUAUGAUUACAUAUUUGAUUUUAAAUUUCACCAAAACGGACAGCUAGACGUAGUGGUCAGCUCAACCGGCUAUGUAAUGUCAGCUUUUUCUCAUCCAACAAAGCGAAAGUACUCUAAUCCAAUCGCUAAUAACGUGAUGGCUAUGUUGCACCAACAUCUUUUUCAUUAUAAGGUUGAUUUAGAUAUUGGCGGCUUAAAGAACAGGUUUUCUUCAUUGGACAUUCGAACGGAAACGUUGUCGAGGCCAGAUUUUCACCCAAACAAUAAAACCCAAGCAUACGUUGUGGAGACCUUAAGGAGAACAGAGAGAGAUGCCGCGAUAAAGUACAAUUUCAAUGAACCAAAAUAUUAUGCUUUUUAUAAAAAAGGCGACAAAAACAAAUACGGUAGUGAGCGUGCAUACAGAAUUAGCAACCAGGGAAUGUCUAAAUUCUUGUUUCCGCAGACGAGCAUUUACAAGGGCGCCAGUUGGGCUCAAUAUCAAAUCGCUGUGACGAAGCAAAAAGACGCAGAAGAAUCGAGUUCUUCGAUGUUUCACCAAUUCAAUAUGCUAGAUCCGAUUGUGUCGUUCGACGAUUUCAUUAAAGACGAUGAGCCCAUUGUUGACGAAGACUUAGUGGCGUGGGUCACCAUGGGAAUACAUCACAUGCCCUCAACAGAAGACGUGCCAUCAACAACGACUAGUGGAACGCAGUUAUUUUUCUCUUUAAAGCCGUACAACUAUUUUGAUGAAUGUCCGAGUCGCUUAUCCAGUGACAACAUCCAUAUUGGCGUAGGCGAUGACAAUCAAGCAAUUAUCGACACUUCGAAAACAGUCCUCAACUUCACCUGCACGCCACAGUAUGCCGGUUUCUCGAGUUAUGUUCCUGAUGAUUAA